UUCCUGGACGCGCGCGCCAUGUGUGAGCGCGCACGCAGGGCGGGGAGUGCGGGGGCGCGCGCGUGCGCAGGCUCCGCGCGGAGGGACGAGGCAGGGCAGCGGAACCACCGCCAGGUCUGCUCUGGGUCCACGCCGCCCGUCGUGCCGCCCGCCCAGCGUCCGUCGCCGCUGCUGCCAUGGGAGUGCAGGUGGAGACCAUCUCCCCCGGAGACGGGCGCACCUUCCCGAAGCGCGGCCAGACCUGCGUGGUGCACUACACGGGAAUGCUUGAAGAUGGAAAGAAAUUUGAUUCCUCCCGGGACAGAAACAAGCCCUUUAAGUUUAUGUUGGGCAAACAGGAGGUGAUCCGAGGCUGGGAAGAAGGGGUCGCCCAGAUGAGUGUGGGUCAGAGAGCCAAACUGACUAUCUCCCCAGACUACGCCUAUGGUGCCACUGGGCACCCAGGCAUCAUCCCACCAAACGCCACUCUCGUCUUUGACGUGGAGCUUCUAAAACUGGAAUGACAGGAAUGGCCUCCUCCCUUAGCUCCCUGUUCUUGGAUCUGCCAUGGAGGGAUCUGGCGCCUCCAGACAUGCGCACGUGACUCCGUACGGAGCUUUCCUUGAUGUUCCACUAUACUCUUUGUAUAAACAUCUACCCCGACUGAAUGUGUUUUAUCACUCGGCUUUGCUUCCGACACCUCCGUUUCCUUUUCCCCCUUCUCCUUGUAUGUAUGUUGACUUAAACUAUAUGCCAUCGACCUCAGAUUACUUAGUUUAUUUUGUUCUGGUUUUGGGGUGAAGAUUCCGUUUCAGUCUUUUGGAUCUAGGUUUCCACUCAAGCAUAUGAUCCAGUAUUAACAGCACAACAAUGGGUUAAUUUGAGGAUAGGAAUUGGUAUUGGGGAGGGGGGUGUGCAAGAAACUUUUAUUUUAUUUUAUUUUUUUUGGAUAAAAUUUUUAUUAUAUAUUAAGCAUUCUUGCUGCUGUGCUGCAAAGCCAUAGCAGAUGUGAGGCGCUGUUGAGGGCUGAGUUAUUCUCCAAGUUGAGAGAUGUCUUUGGGUUGGAUUAAAAGCCCUACCCACAACUAAAAUGGGGAAGGGGAGAGCCUUUGCCUCCACCAGCCCCACCCCACCCUCCCCUUAAAGCUGCUGCCUUUUGAAAGCAGAUUAUUUUCACUGCGGUGUUGGACACUACAGGUAUUUGUCCCCGGGCCAGCAGGGACCUUUGAAGCCUUCUUUGUGGCCUGGCUUACAUAUUUUUUUUUCUUUGCCAUCCUGUGGUUUUUCUAAAGGAUUUUCAGGACUUUUGUAAUCUUAUAGCUGUCAGAGCUCCACCACUUCCUAAAUUUUAAGAAUUUUAAUUGAAAGUUUAAAUUGAAGGUGCUGUUUGUAGACACUUAAUACCCAAAUGAAAGCCCAGCCAUCAUGACAAAUUCUUGAUUGUUCUCUAAGAAAAUGAUGCUGGUCAUCGCAGCUUCAGCAUCUCCUGAUUUUUGAUGCUCAGCUCUCCCUGCUGAUCUCAAAGUUUCCUGGCUUUUCCUUCCUGCUCUCACCCCUUUGCUGUCCUGUGUAGUGAUUUGGUGAGAGAAGUUGUUGCUGCCCCCACCCCCACACCUUCUGCACCACAUAUAAGUUUCAAGUUUUAUUAUUGCAAUAAAAGUGCUUUAUGCUGGCUUUUCUCAG